GCGAGUUGGUUCGGAGUGUUGUUGGCUUUUCGGACAAACGCCGGGCCCUUGAAAAGAGGCAGCAGUGGGCAACAGAAAUCAGGAAGCAGCAGCAGCAGCAACAGCAGCAGCAGCAGCAGCAUGAUGCUGUUGUUGCUGCUGCUGCAGCUGAGAAUGGUUUCGGAAGCAAUCUCUCUGGCACGCCGGCUGCCCCUCGGGGUCUCACAGUUUUUAUAGGGGACUCCGACGGCGACAUUGCUGCGCUGCUGCAUGCAGACAUAGCAAUCCUGAUUGGCUCUGUGUCUUCUUUGAAGACUUUCCAAAUCUGUUCUCUCAAAGUCUCCCCCCUGAGGCACCUCCUGGACUGCCUGCAUGCACAGCAGGGGGCCCCCCUGGGGGCCCCCCAGGGGGCCCCCCUGGGGGCCCCCAAGGCUGCUGCUCUGCAGAGCUGUAGCUACCUAUGGGACGGCAAGAAGGAGGCUUAUCCGACAGCAGCAGCAGCAGCGCCAGCAGCAGCAGCAGCAGCAGCAGCAGCAGAGAAGACAAUAUUCCAGACCGACAGCUGGGAAGAAAUAUAUACCCUUUUCUUUGGAGCAUGGCCAGCCCAAGAGGAGCCAGCGCAUGCGAACGUCAAUGAAGGGGCCCCUAAAGGGGGGCCCCUCCGAGGGGCCCACUAA